AUAGACGAAUGCGUUUCGUGAAGAGAGAGUUCGCCAAUUUGUAAACGCUCAUCAUCAAUGCAACCAAUAUACUGUACAUAAGCAUGAUAAGGGAAUGGGUCUAAACAGCGAGGAAUGCAAUAUAUUUUGCUGCUAGAAUGAAGCCAUUCCAUAUAAGAUAUGUAAUGGUUUCGUGACGUACGCUAAAGAUGGGUUCUUCUGCAAGUGCUAGAAGGAUUCCAACAGUGCAAAAGAUCGCAGAACCUCCAUCUGUCGAAAACUCAAACGCUAGCCGAGAAGUAGGAGGCCGCGAUGAAGCGGACAGUGGUCCAGUGGCACCGGAAUUAAUAACUGAGCCAUCCAACCCGGCAGCUCCCGCUGACACCCUGUCCGACAUUUCAAACGUUCUGCAUGUUGACUCUGCAGCUGCAAAGGCAAAACGAAUCGAGGAAUUUAGUGAGGAGAUCAAACAAUGUCUUAUCCCUGUAAAAGAAGGUAUCCAGCACAUCCAGGAAUGUGACAAUUUCCCAUGUGACUCGUGCAACGGGCACAUGAGGGGUAUCAACAAAGUUUCUGGGAACAAGAACCUUGACCGCAACGCUGCCGCGGACGGGUUGGCCAUUGACACGGAUUACUGCAAAAUUUUUAGCUAUAGAUGGUCAAAGGGGGAAUUGUUACAGCAGAUUGAGGAUGCUGAUGCUGAUGCUGAAGAAUUGACGCCCCAAAAGAAAACAAUAUUUACGUUUUAUAUUGAACUGUUAGCUUCCAGUUGGAACUUCACCGAUGAAUCCGAUUACUUCUGUCUGCAAAUGGAAGAGGACGGGUGCCUUGCGUUGAUAUCGGACUGGUUUUUACAUCUGAUCGAGGGUUCAAAGUCCAGAAAUAAAUGGGUAAAUAAUCUAGUCUUCGAUGCAAUGAACGUAAUUUACAAUUCAUGCAUGAGAGUGCGGGCGUUGGCUCCAAGCCACCACCGAGUCGUACCUGCUCUUCAGAGGUUUAGCGAGUCAAGAGGAAGCCUCACCCAGACAAUCGCGUUCAUGACGUUGGCUAAGCUAGUCAAGAAAGAAGAAGCCGACAAGCUAUCCACCAAUACCAAAUGCAUUUUUUUUCUAUUGUCUCUUCUUAGGAAAUGCCUCUCAAAUCGAGACCACAAGUCCUCAAUUAAAAGACAAACAUCUAAGAAGAACUUUGUCACCGUAAUAAGUCUAAAUGCAGAAGAACUCGUGAAAUCCGUAGAAGAGCUAGCCAUUAAUGAUAACAACAAAAAGCUCAUUGUUACAAGAGGUGGGAUCCACCUCCUCGGGAAAUUGCUCAAACCAAAAUGUACCAACGAAGAGAAGACCUCUGCCGCGAAUACCAUCUGGAGACUGGCAUUCCUCAAAGAAAAUAAAGAAAAACUUCGCAAAUUCCAGGGUAUCAUAUACAAUCUGACCGAGUAUUCCCAGAGUGAGCACGAAAAACUCCGUACUGCCUGCAUGGGAGCUCUCUUCGAGAUCUACGAAUCCAGACUUCCCGAAAACCUGAAGAGCAAGAAAACCGACGAUGGGUCACCGCAGAGGGCGCCACCCGACACUGCAAAGUCAACUGGACACAUCAUGCUCAGUUACAAAUGGGAACACCCGUCCAAACCUGUGAUGAGAGAGUUCAAGAAUGAGCUUCGAAAGAGAGGAUACGCUGUAUGGAUGGAUGAGGACCAUAUGAUGGGUGAUAAAAUUGGAGCGAUGGCAGAAGCUGUAGAGAAUGCUGAUAUGAUAAUUGCCUGUAUUACAAGUGGUUACCAGGACAGUCAAGACUGCAGAACAGAAGCGUCUUAUGCAUACGAAUGCAAGAAGAAGAUCAUUCCAGUAAAAGUUAGGCCCGACUUCAAAGCUUCUGGCUGGCUAGGGGGUAUUACGGCCGGGAAGAUAUACUACAUCGUUCAAAAAGCAGAGCUCGUCUCAGAAGUACUUCCUAGCAUCAUAGAGAAAGAAUUCGCUGUGCAGAAAGAAACAAUCCAGAAGGUGGAUGCUACAACGAUAGGGUCACAACUGCCGGAACAGGAACCGAAGUCACCUCCAACAGAAUCCCAAGUACCCGGGUGGGAUUCAAAGAGGGUCCAGGAUUGGCUGGCGGCGAACAACAUCACAUCACGCAACAAAGCGCUUAAAUCCAUCAACGGAACUCAGUUGCUUCAGCUCAAGAAACAGCUUACCACCGUACCACAGGCGUUCUACCAGUCCAUGAAAGAUGAUCUGAAGGUUCCAUACCUUGACGUUCUUUCCCUCGCAGCUGCACUUGAAAACCUUGAAUAGUCACGUGGUGUUGCGUAACUGCCGAUCACGUGAUAUCACCAACGGUACCAUCAGCGUGCCCAGUACCGGCAACUCAGGAAACACUAAUGUUCCUUGCCUUGAUGUUCGUUCUGUCUCUCGCAGCUGCCCUUGAAAGCUUUUAUGAGUCACUCAGUAUUUGCGUCAUUGCCAUCACGCUAUAUUUUUAAUGGACCUGUUACAACAAUUCAAGAAGCAACUUGCCACAAUAAUAAUAAUAAUAGUCAGUUCUUGUAUAGCGCAUAACACAUUAUAAAUAACGUAUCUAUGCACUUCCAAAGGACUUGGAUAUUAUUACCCUGGCUUUAUCCCCGCAGCCUUUUACAGCGCUGUGGCAUUUCAAGGAAUAAAUUCCUGAGUGCAGCACAAUGUGGAUAAAUUUCUUGCUGAAGGAAACUACGCCAUGACUGGGAUUUGAACCCACGACCUUCUGUUUCAAAGUUCGGAGAAUAAUCCACUGGGCCACAACGCUCCUCAAUACCAAAACCUUAAUCAGUCAAGACAAUCUAAUGUUCAUCACCUUGAUGUCCUUUCUCUGGCAGCUGGACUUGAAAACCUUGACUUGUUGAUAUAAUAUGUUGUAAAUAUUAUAUUAUGUUUAUAGUUGUUACAAAAUAUUCCAUAUGAUGGUAUUUUAAUCAUGUGUAGUGGUUUGCGCGCUUGCAGUGACAAUCCAACUAUGUGGUGAAGCUACAGCUGAAUUUGGCAAUGCUGGCAGCAAAAGUUAAUAACCUGAUUGGUACAAAUUUUCAAAACAGCGACACACAGACCCCUCUGUCUCUAUAACACACAAAAACACAACUGCUUUCACGUACAUCCUACUCUCUCUCUCUGUUACGGGUAGAUAUAGUGUUUAGGAAGCAUCUUGAAAUAAACGGUAUCUUACUUCAGUCCCUACCUUGAACAAAAUCAUCAACUGUCCGAUGAUUUUCUCUUGUCACGGGAUUUCCACAAUGUUCUAUCAUGGGAACAUUGCUACUCAUUCUCUACGCUGGUCUCCUUAGUGUGUCAUGAUAGUGAUCACAUAUAUAAGACGGAUGUUACAUUACUGUUAUUUUCGAGCAUUGCGACAUUGCCUUUAUAGGGAUGGUGAAUAUAUAACUCUAUACUAGUGUUCAUCAGGGCCCCGUCUUACAAUGAGUUACGAUUGAUCCAAUCAAUCGCAACUAUUGAAAGCCAACAACAUCAACAUCUGCUAUGCAUGUUUGUUCAAAAUAUUUUCUAACUAUGAUGUAUAUUCAUGCAUCUAUUGUUUUUUUGAAAAUCUGCGGUGCUUUCCUUUGUUUACAAAAGACAUUGUGCAAAUUUCCUGUAGAAAAAACAUUAUGACACUGAUGGAUUUCCAAAGAGUUACGAUGGAUUGGAUCAAUCGUAACUCCUUGUUAGACGAGGCCCUGAUGUGAAUCUGGGCUAACAAUCUUAAACGAGGUUGAACUUUUUCUCUCUGUGACGUCACCAUUUAGGAGAAAGUGAUCUCACUGCCUUUGUAGUUAAUGUGAGUGCUAUCAUACCUUCAAAGUCUUCAAUGUACCUUCCGUGAAGCAGAUCAUCCGCGUUAAAAAGUAAAAGUAAAACCGCUGCAUAUGAACUUUAUAAAAUGAAAGUAUUUAGACUGAAAUCAAGCCUGGCACUUAGUAAUUACAGUUAUCAUGUCUCGCAGCGACCACUGUAACAGCUAGUGAACUUAACG